UGAUAUAAGUAACUCAACAGGAAGUGUUGGUAGACGUUUUACUGAAGUGUGGGAACAUGUUACUAAAGGGAGAGAAAUUUCUCGUGGUCAUUAUGAAGGAACUUGUAAUUACUGUGAACAAUAUUGGAAACAUGCUAGGCCUUCAACAUUACGUUCUCAUUUAGCAUCACAUUGUUUAAAUUGUCCUAAUUAUAUUUCACAGGAAUACAUGAAACAGAUCGCUAAUGAAAAAUCAAACAUUCCAAAUGCCAAACGUCAAAGAACCUCUAUAAAUCAAAGUACACUUAAUAAAGAUGGGAACUACAAUAAUUUUGUCACAAUUACAAAUUUAACCAAAAUAUCUGCAAACAUUAAAUAA